CUAAUUGGAGGCAAUUCGCACCUGAAAUAAAAGCUCACCUGGUCUGACUUUGUCCCAUCUGCCACCAGAACAAUGACUGCUGUUUGGGUUUUGGUUCUGUUGGUCCAUGCUGUCUUCAUGGGAAAAGGACUUUGUUUUCCAGGUGGGGUGAAAGAAGGGGAGUCCAAUACUGUGCUGAAAAAAGAUGUGUCUUCUGAUGAUGUUUCACUCAAGAAGGUUGUUGAGCUUCUUGAUUCUUUGAAUUCUGUGUUGAAGCUACGUACUCCAGCUCAACCUGCAACCAAGGAGGUAUUUCAAGACAAAGCAAUCCUCCAUGAGAGAAAUGACCAGCAGAGCUACAACAUGAGCAGCAAGGGCCAACUGAACGAUGCCUUGAGCUCCAACAUAACCGGCAAGGGUCAACAGAACGACCAGCAGAGCUACAACAUGAGCGGCAAAGGGCAACAGAAUGAUGCCUUGCGCAACAAUAUGACUGGCAAGGGCCAACAGAACAAGGGUCAGCAAGUCCAGGAGAGCAUCAACCAGAACAACAAAAGCUCCAACCAACAGAGGGAGUCUUUUCAACAAGUCCAGCAGAAUGUCAUGACAGACCACAACCAACAGAGCGAGUUCUUUAAACUCCAGCAGAAUGACAGACUGGAUGAUUCCACCGACGAGGGAUUCAUUGUGAAUGUUUGAUUUUUGAACAGCAUGGAAAU